GAAACUACGGCAUUCCGCCCAGACGCCUUCAAGCAGUGCACUCGUGAUGCGCGCCGUCUCGAGCAACCCGGCAAUGCUUCUCGUGGCCACUGCGGCGUUCACGGCCCCUUCGAUGGCCCAAGACACCGACCCUAUCUGCAUUGGUUACCGGAACACGUACCUUGCGGCUGAGAAGAAGUGUAAUGACGUCGCGGCCGCGCUCGACCCUCCCGUCAAAUUGCAAGCGCAAGCGGCGUUUUGCAAGAUCCCCGAGUGCAAAGCUGCGAUUGACGCCUCUCUCAUGUAUAAAACACAAGCUGGUGCUCUGGGUACUUGCAAACGCCUGGACGUCACUGUACUUCCUGGGAUGUGGUGCUCGUCUGAAUGCUCGAAAGCCGUGGCAAUCUUGUCGAACUCGUCACUGACGUACUGCAAUCAGAGCAUGGUUGCGCAGCAGGAAAAGUACUGCCAAGCUUGCGUCGAUAUGUUCGACCACCACAAGACGAUGAACCAACUGUGCUCGUUCAACAGCGCGACCGACACUUCGUACAUUUCGCAAAACUUGAAUGCGUUUGCUGUUCCGAUCAACUACUGCAGAACGACAUUCAAGAACGCCGACUUCAAGUUUCCCUCGGACCCAAAUGUUAUCGCAUCGACAUCAUCGUCGACGACCUACAUCGGUAUCGGUGCUGGCGUCGUCGUGCUCAUCUUGAUUGUGGUGGGCGUCGUUGUGUAUCGCCGUCGGCAAGCGGUCAACAAAGGCGGAUCAGUUACGACCGGUAGUCACGCUGGGUACUACUCGAACAACGGGACGCCCAACUUGCGCACCGUUGGAAGCGGCAACAUGGGAGGGCACACCGCCCAAGGCACCGUGGCGGACGACAUCCGUUUCGACCCGGACUUGGCACGAUUCCGCAUUCCCCAAGAGCAAAUCCAGAACGUGACGUUGCUCGUCAAGGGCGGAUACGGCGUCGUGUUCCGAGCGACGUGCAAUGGCACCGACGUCGCGAUGAAGCAACUCCUUCCAUCCAAGGCAAAAGACCAGCACGCGAUCCAAGAAUUUAUGAACGAAAUCCGCCUCUGCGCGCGACUGGAGCACCCCAAAAUCGUCAAGUUUAUCGGGAUCUCGUGGUCCACGCUGCACGAUUUGGCUGUGCUCUCUGAGUUCAUGCCGAACGGCGACGUGACGGACCUGCUCAAGGCCGAACGCAAGCGGUCACCCAAGGACCGCAUCUUCCUAUGGGAUCCCCGUGCAUCCAACUUUGGUACGUCCAAGACGGCCGUCGCUGCCGACGUUGCGGACGCGCUCAGCUUUCUCCACUCGUUCGUUCCGACCAUCAUCCAUCGUGAUUUGAAGUCCAAGAACAUCCUGAUGAGCUCCAAGUGGGAAGCCAAGCUGAGUGAUUUUGGGAUCUCACGCGUCACGAGCCGCGACAACACGAUGACAAGCAACAUCGGGACCGUCGCGUGGAUUGCCCCCGAAGUCCUCACGGGCGGCCACUACUCGGAGAAGGCCGACAUUUACAGUUUUGGUGUGUUCCUGAGCGAAUUGGACACGCUCGAGUCGCCGUACGCUGAUAUGAGCGAGAAGAACGCCGGCGGGUUCUCGAACGCGCGUAUUGCCAUGAUGGUCAGUGAAGGCGCGUUGCAGCCAACGUUCACGGACGCCGUGCCAAGCGCGAUCUUGGAGCUCGCCCAUCAGUGUCUGUCCUUCCAUGAUGUGAACCGGCCCACGGCGCGCGAGGUUGCGGCGGCGUUGCGCGCCCUGUUGUAGUAUGAUCGCACAGCUGAACCGAUGUUUUGUUAUUGAUGCGCAACAUUCGUAUCUGCUCUGGUCCAACUCGACCCGAGUCCCGAUAGACGUCACUUAUGCCUGGAUAGACGGGUGGCUGUCCGAGGCGAUGCCGUCGCCCCGGACAGAAUCAAUGUUUCGACGCACCAAUUUGAUUGAGUAUGAUUGGUGUAAAAUGAAAAUAAUCCACCAAUCCGAAUGCGAGA